CGCCAUUUCUUACCUUUUACGCGGGGAGCCCCAGAGUCAAACCGAAUGUCUACCUAGACAACCAGUUAAAGUCAACCAGUUAAAGUAUCAUCCUAGACGUGUGCCAAAGGUCGGGCCAUGCUGCUGCGUCGUAUCUCGCUCGCCGCGGCCGCCGUCGCCAGCGCAAAUGCGCAGAUUCAACUUCGUUGGUCGACCGAUCUUGGAGGCAACGAGAACAGAACCUAUGGCCCUGACGGGCCAUGGCAGGCGCCACUUUUCAAACUCAAUGCCACCGAGAUGCCUCUCUGGCCAGGCGGCUCUGGUGUUUCUGAGAUCCUAACAACAUCCGUCGGUGGGGACUACACGCCGCGCGCUGACACCGUCAAGACGGGGAGGAUGAGGGCCAACUCCGAUGGCUGGUUCAGCAGUGUCUUCAUGGAGGCGGGCUGGUCGGGCAUGGAGUACUGGGACGGCAUGGUGAUCGAUUCAAGGAUGGGAACCAGUCACGAGAUCAAGGUUAACGCGACUUUGGUCGCCGCGACGGCAUGGAACAGCUCUACCCUCUCCAACACGACUGCCUACACACCGACGGUCGGUACACUAGGCCUCGGACCCAGGAGCGAGAGAAGCGACGACACAACUGUCCAAGGGAUACUCGAACAGCUCAAGACCUCGGGCGAUAUCGAUAGGACCGCUUUCAGCGUCCAGAUGGGGAGUGCCGCUCUCGAUAUUCCCGGCUCGUUGGUACUCGGUGGAUACGAGCAGAACAGGGCGCUCGGUCAAGUUGGCACAUUUGCACUCCAAGAUUCGACACCGAUGAUGUUUCUUAGGGAUGUCAUCUUCAACUUUCAGAUACGAAACCAGUCUUUCUACCCCCUCAAGUCGAAUGUGAGCUUCUGGACGAAUCCUACAGACCUCGGCAUGCAAUAUACCAAGUACGUCGGCGGCGCUGCUGGGUCAGCGGUCGUGAUCCCGAAUCCAGCUUCACCGUACAUCUAUCUACCGCCGGGAAUCUGCGAGGCUAUAGCAGAGAAUCUUCACAUGACGUAUCACAACAAAUCAGGACUCUAUCUUUGGGGUACUGAUCUAGGGGCUCAACUCUUCGUCAAUCAGUCAGCCUACCUCGGUUUCGUCUUGGCUGACUCGAGCGCAACCAACAUGACCAUCAAAGUCCCCUUCCAACUCCUUAACCUGACAUUGGAACCGCCCCUGGUCGAGCAAACGGCCAACUACUUCCCCUGCAAAUCCAUCGACUCUAGCUACGGCUUCUGGCAGCUUGGCCGCGCCUUUCUACAAGCCGCGUUCCUCGCCGUCGACUACGAAUCCAAUGUUACCUACAUGGCGCAAGCCCCAGGCCCGCGUAUGGAGCAGAGCAUCGUGAAGAAGUUUGACGGAGCGGCCAUCAACACCAACCCGGCCGAGUCAUUCGUCACGACGUGGGGAGACGCCUGGGACAAAGGACAGGUUUUUCAGAGCUUCCACGCCGAUGACAAGAGUUUAACGGCCGGAGAAAAGGUUGGCAUCGCAGUCGGGGUAGUAGGUGCGGUCCUCGUGGCGCUAUGGUUCUUGCGCCGUCGCAGAAAGCAGAAGAAGGGACCAGACUCCCCGCCGGAUGCCGUUGACAAGGCUUUUUUAUGGUUCAGCGAGAAGAGGGGCAAGAGUCAGAGGACGCAGGUGGCGAGCCAGACGAGCUCGAUGGCCGAGAACGGGGGAAACGGGGGGAUACAUAUGGCUUAUCAGGCGGAGCCAAAGGUUCUGAGGGAAGGGAGCCACGUCAACGAGUUGGAUUCGCGGUCGCCUCUCACUGAGAUGGGGACGCCGUUGCCGCAUGAGAUUGGCUCUACGGAUCAUCAUCCGGUCAGGCACGAGGCACCGGACGACCACAUGGUGUUUGAGCUGCCCGCCAGCUCCGAGAGAGCGAACAAGACACAAUAAUGGUGGAGGCCAAAUGGAGAUGGCCAGUGAUAAUAAACAGUUCCUAAGAUCGUUUGUGUCAUCACAUAAAUACAAAAUGUCAAUUUCUCUU